AUGGCCACGGUGGAGGAAAAUUGCUCCAAGGCAACAGAAUUCAUUCUCCUUGGCCUCUCAGAUGUCCCUGAGCUGAGAAUCUUCCUCUUCCUGCUGUUCCUUCUCAUCUAUGGAGUCACCGCCUUGGCCAACCUGGGCAUGGUGGCACUGAUUCAGGUCACCCCUGGACUCCACACCCCCAUGUACUUUUUCCUCAGCCACCUGUCCUUUGCAGAUUUUUGCUGCUCUACAGCGAUUGUGCCAAAGAUGCUGGCUAAUAUGUUAAACAAGGACAAAGACAUCUCCUUCCUGGGGUGCAUGCUGCAAUUCUAUUUACUCUGCACAUGCAUGGUCACUGAGGAUUUCCUCCUGGAGGUUAUGUCCUAUGACCGUUUCCUGGCCAUCUGUAACCCACUGUUCUAUAUGAUCACCAUGUUCCAAAAGCUUUGUAUGGAGCUGAUUUCUGUCUGCUACUUCUGUGCAUCUGUGUGUGCUCUGAUUCACCUGUGCUUAACUCUUAAAAUCCCAUCCUAUAAGCCCAACGGGGUUGACCACUUCUUCUGUGACUUACCACCUGUCUUUUCUCUUGCCUGCUCUGACAUAUUUAUUAACGAACUCAUGGCAUUCAUUGUGUCCACUGUUAAUGAGAUGCUUACCAUCGUCAUCAUCUUCUCCUCCUACUCUUCCAUCCUCAUCACCAUCCUGAGGUUGCACUCGGCAGAGGGAAGGCGCAAGGCUUUUUCCACCUGUGCCUCCCACCUCACGGCCAUCACUGUCUUCCAUGGGACAAUUCUUUUCCUCUAUUGUAGACCCAGUCUGGGCAGCAGUCGGGAAGCUGACAAAGUGGCCACAGCCUUCUACACUGUCGUGAUCCCCAUGCUGAAUCCUCUGAUCUACAGCCUGAGGAACAAGGAUGUCAAAGAGGCUCUCAGGAAAGUUCUUGGGAACAUCCAAUCCCUCUUCCAGCUCUGGUUUUGGUUGCUGCAGAAAUCCCAUGCCUUGUAG